CGCUUGUAAGAGAGUAUGAUUUAGACCCAAACACACUAGAAGUUUCUAUUUGUUUCUUGUCCAGAAGAACUGAAGAAGUCUCUCUCGCAGUCGCAGCAGUCCCAGUCUUGGUCACUCGAAACCAUGUCUUCCUCCAUGACCAGCGAAAAUGCUGAGGCUAAGAAGAUAUGCGUCUUCUGGGACGUCGUGGAAUGCCCAAUCCCUGAUGGUCUGGACCCUGAUUCGGUGUAUCGGAACAUAGAAUCAGCUCUCGAGAAAAAAGGCUGCCUUCCUCGUAAUGUGUCAAUCAGAGCUUACGGUGACAAGAAUCAUGACUUGAUGGAUGAGUUUCUCCUUGCUAACAUCAUGUUCUUACCUGCUGGAGAUUCAAUGGCAAGAUUUAGAAGGAUGGGGCACGAUUUUUUUGGCUGGGGAAUCAAUAAUCGUAACUCAAGUUUGAUGGUAAUCUCACGAGACAACACGGAGUUCGCCUCUUCUCUCAGAGUUUACAAAAAGACCGGUUUCAACAUUCUCGUAGCACAGCCAGAAAACGGUAUCGAAAGAUGUCCCAACUGCAGAAAGCCUCUGGAAGAGAUUAUCACUGAUGAAUGGCUUUGGGAAAGCCUAUCUGCUGGAGGUGACCCUACCUCCACAACCCAAGAGAAGCUGACCUCUUCAGUUACUAACUAACUAGUUUUGUCUUAACUAGUAAAGUAGUAGGUGCUGAGUUACUGGAACUGUUUAGAACUCUCCCAUUACAUUACCCCAUCACCUAUGUACAACCACAUCAUCUGUUUAAACCCAUGAUGUAUUAGAGAGAUCUUUCUUCGUAUAAACCACCUAUGAUCCUUAAGGUAAUCUCU